UUACCAAACGCCUCUAUCCCUUUCUCUUCAAAUAUUUUAUUUCAACAUCACCACAGUCCCACAAAAACACUAAUUCCCCCCUUCGUUCCGCCGUUGCAAGAUGCUCAGCCGUCGCAUAUGGCAGAAGAGGGCUUUCAUCUCCGCCCAGACCUUCUUUUCUGCCUCUGCUUCUCGCUCUUCCCCUGCGCUCCCCUUUCGCUUCGUCAAACCUAAUGCUCCUUCUUCACCUGUCACUCUCAAUUUCGCACGUGCCACCAGAUAUUGGUUUUCCACUCAACCUGCCCUCGACCUUCCCGCCACCAAGAUUGUGGACGUGCCCUUGGCGCAAACUGGUGAAGGCAUCGCAGAAUGUGAGCUUCUCAAAUGGCAUGUCCAAGAGGGGGAUUAUGUGGAAGACUUUCAACCACUUUGUGAAGUUCAAAGUGAUAAAGCUACCAUAGAAAUAACAAGUCGCUACAAAGGAAAAGUUUCUAACAUUCUCUACGUUCCCGGUGAUAUUGUGAAGGUUGGAGAAACUCUAUUAAAGAUGUUAAUCGAUGAGUCUGCAUUUCCUUCCACAACUCUUGGUGAUUCCGAAAAUGCAAAGUCACCUGAUUCUGAUCAGACAUUAGUUAACGAGUCUGUGUCUAUUGCAGUAAUUGAUGAUUCAGACAAUGCCAAGUCAGUAGAUUCUGAUCCUGGAAAAGGGAGACAAACUGGAGUUCUAUCAACACCUGCUGUAAGAAGUCUAGCAAAGCAACAUGGUAUAGAUAUAAAUGAAGUCUGUGGAACUGGAAAAGAUGGAAGAGUUUUAAUAGAAGAUGUGCUUAAUUUUGCUGUCAUGAAAGGAAUCACUAAAAAUCCAUCUACUGUCUUGCAUACUGAUUCUGGAGAACAGCUUCAGGGAGCUGAAGGAUACAACUAUGCCGUCACAACUGAAUCUUAUAGGUUGUCUGAGGACAGGACACUUCCCCUUAGAGGAUUUCAUAGAGCAAUGGUAAAGUCAAUGUCCCUGGCUGCUAAAGUCCCACAUUUUCAUUACGUGGAUGAGAUAAAUUGUGAUGCCCUUGUGGAGCUUAAAACAUCUUUUCAGAAAAAUAAUCCUUCUCCAGAUGUUAAGUACACUUUCCUUCCAAUAUUAAUCAAAUCACUAUCAAUGGCCCUCGUUAAGUAUCCCUUUAUGAACAGUUGCUUCAAAGAGGAUGCAUUGGAGGUCAUUCUCAAAGGUUCACACAACAUUGGAAUUGCCAUGGCGACACAAAAUGGUCUAGUUGUGCCAAACAUAAAAAAUGUUCAGUCUCUUUCCAUAAUGGAGAUAACCAAAGAGCUGGCAAGGUUACAACAAUUGGCGUCAAAUAACAAGUUAACUUCUGAGGAUAUAUGUGGUGGUACUAUUACUUUAAGCAAUAUUGGAGCAAUUGGUGGAAAGUUUGGAUCCCCACUUAUCAAUCUGCCUGAAGUUUCCAUUAUUGCCAUUGGUAAAAUUCAGAAAGUUCCACGGUUUGCUGAUAAUGGAAAUGUGUAUCCUGCAUCACUCAUGACUGUUAAUAUUGGUGCAGAUCACAGAGUCUUGGACGGAGCAACCGUUGCAAGAUUUUGCAACGAGUGGAAGCAAUUAAUUGAAAAUCCCGAGCUCCUCACGCUGCAUUUGAGAUGAAAUUUGAUUAAGGGACAAUUUCUGAGAUUGUAAUUCAGAUGGUUGAUCUUUGUAUUGAUUACAAAAAGAAAUAUACGAACCAGAGCAUUUAAAAUUGAUCAAAAUAAAUAUCUCAGAAAUUUAUCGUAAUUAUUCUGAA